UUUCUGCCCCGGGACAUCAGCAGGGCUCCGGGCGCUGGCUCCAAGGCACACACUCUCCUGUUUUUAAUGUUUCCCUAGACAAAUGUUUUCCUUCCCACCUCGGGAUAUUUUUAUUUGACUCUAGGUGCUGGAACAGCUUUAGCAAUCGUUCUGGAUUGAAGUUGGAAUCGUGGUUAGGGUCCGGCUAAGCAGCAAGCAAUUUCUCACUCCCCAAGUGAUCUGUUACUCGUGGCUGAUCUGGAUGUAAAAAUAGCAGCUGAGGCUGUUUGUUUAAUCUGACUGUUACUUGACACCACGCGGGUGUUGCAGUGCGGACUGUUUGCCUCUUCCCCACCAAGAACACCAUUUGGUCUCCCCCGGCUGGGUCUCUAUUUAGGUAAGCUUCACGGACUUCCCGUGUCUGGCCAGCUUCUGGUCACUGAUCUUCCUCAGGUGGGAAGGUUUGUGAGCUGGAGAAGGCUUGGGUCCUGAGUCCACUCUCCUGACACCUUUGGGCAGCCUGGCUAAAGAGGAAAGAAGAAGUCUUGGCCAAGGGGCAGAGCCGGGGUUCUCUCCCAUUCCCGAGGAGGCCUGAGCAGCUGGACACGCAGAGAGCGGAAGAACUUCUCCACCUGAUGUGAGUUUGGCCUGGGUCAGCAGAGGAAGUGCUGGAGGUUUGCAGAACUGGAGGUUUGCCGUUGAGUCCUGCAGAGUUGCUAGAGAUGGGCAGUGAUGACACCAAAUAUAAGCAUAAAAAGACAGUUUAAAACUACAGAUCCUAAAACCCAACACGGCAGGCUCCUGCAGCUUCCAGUGCUGUAACAGAGAGAAAAAAAAAAUCCCCACUUUACAAUUCCAUCUGGUCAAUGAGAAGCUCUAGUUUUGUGGGAAGAGGGAAACACCUAAUCUUGCCAGAAUCAUCAGCAGAGGCGCCUGCUGGCUGACGAGGACAGUUUUCUUGGAGACAACAGACGAUGCAGGGAAACAAGAAGUGCACAGACGGGUUCAGCGACUCCUCCAGCAUCGGCAGUGUGCUGGAUGAUGCAGACAGGGAGGUGAGCAGCCUCACAGACCGGGCGUUCCGGAGCCUGUGCAUCUCAGAGGACACAUCCUUCCAUGACUCUUACCUGGCCGUGUCCCCAGAUAUCAGCCGACAGGUGUUUGGGACUCUCCAGCAGAGAACAGUGAGCCACACCCAGAGGAAAAGUGGCAUUUGGAGCCAGUUACCGUCACAGGGCACAGAACAUUCGGGCUGGGCAGCCACCUUCCAACAGCUACCCAAGUACGUUCAGGGAGAGGAAAAGUACCCCAAAACCAGCCCCCCACCAACACCAGUCCAGAGGAGACUGGAGGUGCCAGUUUCCGGUCUUCGGAGCAGCAACAAGCCUGUCUCCAAAGUAUCAACACUAAUUAAAUCUUUCGACAGGACUGAGACCCAACAUUGUGAGAACAGAACCACUACCAGCAAGCCUCCGGCUCUGAAAAAUCCCCCCAAAUUUGCCCCUCUUCCAGAAAGCAGUGUCAACUUCUGCUUUGAUUCUGCCUUUCUGACAGUCAGGAGGGUACCCGCUGAAGUUUCCAACACCCAUCAGAACAGCCACCAGUCCAGCAGAAAACACAGAGAACAGGAGUCCCCCAAGAAUCCAGAAAUGGCCUGUCGCAGUUCCAGCAGCUUCCUCCCGGCAGCCGAUGACGUGACCAGGUCAUCUGAGUCAAAGUUCCCCUCUCCACACCAAAAGCCAGCCACUGGUGAGCCUGGGAGAGGCAAAGGCACCUUUCUGCACAGUGAAAAUAGUGCUUUUGAGUCGUGGAAUGCCCACCAACCGAAGCUGCUGGAGAGAAAGGACACGGCCGGAACAGUCCCAGAAAGCAAAGCUCCCAAGCACUAUGGGGAUACGACCUUGCUAAGAGAACCCUGUCCUCCUGAGAGCACAGUCUCUCCCUGCAGUCGGGAAGAGAACAGAGUGGCAGCAGGAGCUCUGCCCACAUCUGUACCCUGGGGGUGCAGGGAUCCAGGAUCCCAGGUAUUUGCUGUGGAAGGAAAAGCUCCCAGCUCACAGCCUGAUAAUCAAGAGAAGCCAGCCCAGCCCCCAUGGAGGAAACCAAAGACUGGCAAGAAAGGGAAAGAAAGUCUACAAGACGGUUCAGAAGAAAAGACACAGACCAACAGGAGAGGCCCACCUUUGUAUACAAAACACAACCCCCAGGGACAGUUUCCAGAAAAUGAUGCUCUUGACCUGCCUGUGGAACCCAAUGAACAUUAUGAUCCCCCCUUUAACAUCAGUAAGCUCCUGACCCCCAUCAUACCCAGCAAGCAUGCCCUGGAUUCAGCAGAGAGCCAGCCAGCAGAGAGAACCCCAUCACCCCCAGGACAGCUAAAUGGAUACCAAGAGAAGGAGCCCAGUGAACAUCAAUCUCGAGACAGUUACAAGUCCAAAGCCCCUAGCCUGCUGUUCAACCUCAAGGAUGUGCGGAAGCGUGUUAAGAGCACAUACAGUUCCUCACCGCUCUCGAAAGGGCUUGAUGAGAAAACCAGAGGUAAGGCUGAUGGAAAGCAAGAACCCAUGAGCAAUGGUGUCAUCCUCCCCAACGGGCUUGAGGAAAGCCCUCCAAACCAGAUUUCUAAGGAGAGACCUGCCAAUGACCCCACUGCAUCGCACAUCAAUGCCCAGAAGGACCCUACAGCUGACCCCAGUGAGCCCUCUGCAGAUAGCUAUCUAACCCUCAGCACAGCUCCAACUAUCACCAAAGCCCCCUUCUAUGUCAAUGGGGAGGCUUCUGAGAGAAGCAGUUAUGAGAACGAGGAAGCGGAGCGAGAGUUGGAGAUGGGUCCUGCUGGGUCCAGCUGGUGUCCAGACUCCAGGGAACGCCGCUCCAGGAAGCACCUCUCCCUAAGGCUUUGCAAUAGGGAUCCUGAGCCUGGAGGGGCUACGGAGAAAAUGAAGACCCACCAGCUAGAGAAUGGGCUCUCCAGAUCUGUGUCCCAAGAGACAGAACCUGAGAGGGAGGCAGGACUUCAGAACACACACUUGAACCAGAAAUUCUCCCCGGGGCCCCUCUCUCCUGAGGAGGAAGAUGUGUUUUACAGUGACAGCCAAUCUGAUUUCAUGCCGAGCCUUAAAGGUAAGGCCAAAUUCAGCACCAGCUCUUCAGAUCAAUCCUUUGCCUCGUUUGAUGAUCAACAGAAGACGUGGUUUACUGAGAACCAGCGGGAAGAGAGGAGGAAGGACGUGAGUGCAGGUGACAGUCAGAAGGAUGAGAAGGAGAAUGUGAUGGGGAAGGAUGAGCCGCAGUACUGCGCCUUAAGCAAUGGGCAUUCGCACGUGGAAGAGCGCAGCCAGGGGGAAGCAUUGCAAAGAGAAGGGGAAAGUGUGUCUGGAGGAAGAAUCAGGAAGGCAUCAGCAGAGGAAGCUAAUUUCAAAGGCUCUCAGAUUGGAGGAAAUAAAGGUACAACAUUUUCACAGGCUAAAGACCUCACCCCCUCCCCAUCUUCUGCUUCAAACAAGCACAUGCUCUUUACGAUUAAAGACAACACCCUCAGAGCCACCCCCGUAAUUAAACCUAUCAUGCUGCCUCUCCUGAGGACCAUGUCCUUGGAGGACUCCCUCAGCAGUGGCCACAAAGAGGAGGAAUUGUCAAGGCCAGAAUGGGAUGAGGAUUCUGGUUUCUGUGCCCCCGAAAACCAGGACAUUCUUGGUACAUCGACACCCACUAACACGCAGGGCACACAUGUGAAGUGCAUGGCCAGUGAGGUCACAGGGGAACCCCAGCAGGGGUCCAGCACAGCCAGGAUGGAGGCCUCUCAGCCAGCCCCAAAGGGUCCAUCUAUGCCUCCGGUAGGAGACUGGGACAGGGUGAAGCCACCCCCAGAUGCAGCAUACAGCGUCAUGGCAAGCAAUGGCAAGAGCAGUUCCACAGACCCAGGGAAGCUGGCAGCCCCACAGCACAUCCCCACCAUCGCUUUACCUGAGGGCGACGAAGAAGACCAGCCACCCCCGUGGCAGCCUGAAUCCUGUUGGGAACAGCAGACACCAGGUUUCAAGAGUCACUUUUUGUCCACACCCAGAGCAGGCCCUGCUGGCAGAAGACCGGUCCCUGGUGAGACGGUGAAUUCUCCCAAUUCCAGCUCCCUGGGGGAGAGCAGCGCCUGCUCCCCUGCCGCCAGUAGCAUUUGGGAUGAGGCUUCCCAGGCCCCUGAAGAACCGGAGCUGCUGCCCAAGGAGCCUCCUCAAGCCAGCCCCUGGGCCAGCCCUAGUCCUGCCAGGGUCACCCGGAGGGAGGACCUGACCCAUGCCCUGGUGUGGGAGGGCGGCUCUGACCCCCAGCUUGAACUGCUGGCAGAAGACCUCCGGACGCUCUCUCCAAGAGGUUCAUUGCUGGAUGUGGCCACCAGCCCAGCAGGCCCCCCUGGGAGACUUGAGCUUCCUGCACAACUGGAGAGGGCGGCAAGCAAACCACCUGCAGUCCCACCCAAAACGGAGAAAGCCCUACGGAGGGCGAAGAAGCUGGCAAGCAAGAGGAGGAAGACUGACCAGACACAGGAGAAGCAUGGCGAGCCACAGGAGGGAAAACUCUGCCCGGAGGACUUGGAGCAGGCAGAGCAAAGGCCACUGUGCCCUAGAGAGAGGCCCCGACACAGUUUCCCCAUGGUCCGUUCCCUGCCCCCUCCCAUGCACCGCCACUCCGUGUCCAGCUUCUCCGAGUCUGUCGGGAGACGGCCUGGGGGCCUCCAGUCCCUCACACCCCUGCCCACUUACCCCGCCACCCAGAAGGUCCUCCAGGAUCCGCAGUCCGGGGAGUACUUUGUCUUCGACUUGCCACUCCAGGUGAAAAUCAAGACCUUCUAUGACCCAGAGACGGGCAAGUAUGUCAAGGUCUCCAUCCCAUCCUCCGAGGGGACCUCCCCAGAGCCGCCCCCACCGGAUGCCCUUGCUGCUCCCUAUGUGCUGUACCCUGGCUUCCAGCCGGUGCCCGUGACAGCCUUGAUGCCACUGCGCUGCUCGUCUCAGCUCUCCGCCCCCACCUUCCUCAGGCAGGGCCCUCGCGCCUCCGUGGCCCACGCCAGGCCCCAGAGUGUCCACGAGGCUGGACUACAGCUGACCCCAGGGCCUCAUGGUGACUGCACCCCACACUCUGCUGGCCAGCGCCCCCAUAGGCCUCCGCAGAGCCCAGGAGAGGAGGGUGCAGAAGCUCCAGGCCUGGGCAUCAUCUCCACCGGAGACCUAGAGGACUUUGCCACAGAGGGCAUUUCUUGAGUUACUGCAGACUGACCUCCACCCCCAGAUGAACCCAGAGGAGCUGACUUCCCCCUUCCCCAGAACAAGCAACAGACACACACACACACACACACACACACACACACACACACACACACAGAGGCACACACGCGCGCACGCUCACACGCAUGCACGCUCAUCAACAUACUUAGCCUUUCUGGAUCCCUAAGUCCAGAAGGCAGUAGGGAUCCCGAGACGACCUCACCCGAAGGGCUCCCGGGCUCUCCUCUGAUGCAGGGGCGCUGCUUGCUUGGCCUGGUCCCCUCCAUGUCAGUUCCCAGGUGCACUCUACUCCAGCCCUUCUCCUUCACUUCCUUCCCCCUGUCCUGGCCUGUCCUGCUCUUCCCUGGCCCUGCCAACCAGGUGGGUGUGGCAAGGGCACCACCUGGUCCUGAGGGUCCCUGUGCACCCGCACCCACCCACUCACUUGUAGGCUCCUUGGUGGGCAAACCCCUGAGGCCCCCAGCUCAGACACAGCAGCCGUUUCAGGUCACCUCAAGCAGACUGGCUGAGGACCAGCCCAGGGCAAUCUUGCAGAAAUGAUUAUUUGCAUAGAAUGGGUUUCCUUCACAGGGAGAAACUUGCUAUGAAAGCUAUUUUCUGAUCAAGAAAAGGCCACUUUUUAAAAAGUGAAACAAGUUUGCAGAUAAGGUUCUGUCCCUGGACUCCUGUCUUCCUUCUGUGGGCAGUGGGGUUCAGGGCUGACAGAGCCACUUCCCUGUCUUCCAUAGCCUGGCAUCUCACCUUGUCCCUUCAACACCUGUCCAUGCCUUUGCAGGCCAGGCCCUCUACUAGAUCCUGCCCCGAUUCAGUGACCAGUACUUGUGCCCUGAACUCAAAAGGAAAUUGUGUUCUCACCCCCUCAUCCCCUGCCAGUUCCUGACCUUGGGGAUUUGGAGAGAAGUAUCAGAUUAACUCAAGAGUCUGAGAGCUUUACCUAAUGAAACUGGUGGCCACUGGCCCAGCACAGUAAAGCCAAAAUCCACAUUGAAGUCUGUAGUGGGAGAAAGGAGGGUGUUUAUUUGCAGGCACGGAGCAAGGAGAAUCAGGCAGCUCACACUUCAAACCUGCUCCCCAGUGGCUUGCAAGCAUGGAUUUUUAAUGGCAAGGGAAAUUUUCAGGAAAGCAGAAGUCACAGGUGAAAUUGUAAAUCAAUACAUGGAGGGUACAUAUUGGUUUGGCCUAAAAAGGCAGGAUAUCUUGAAGCAGGGGCUUAUGGGUCAUAGGUGGAGUCCAAAAUUUUUGGAAUUGCAAUUGGUUAAGGAAGAGAAGCGUUGUUUAAAAAUGUGGAUUAACAGAAAGGAACGUUAGCUCUGGCUUGUUGGGGGGACUUUCCCCAAGCCCCCCGGGAAGAAAUUUAGAACAAAGAGCCAUGCUCCAAGUUCAGUCCUCAGCUCCCUCUUCUCUGAGGUCUCUGUGCCAGUGGAUCCAUAUGGUGGGGUCUGGGUUUCUGAAAAAUCACUCAGAGACACCUGUUCAGAUGUUCUCUUUAGUUUCCAGAGGGAACAAAACACCCCAUAAUUCUAGCUUACUUGGCUGUUGUUUUAGGUUACUAUUACCUUCCCGCUUAUCAAGUUGCUCAUUUGCUUCUCAGGGCUAGCUGGGUGCUUGGAAUUUCCCUUGAAGGAGGCCAAGAUUUUCCUGUAUUUCCACAGUUGGGGCGGGGUCCCUGCCCCAUCUCAAGAGCAGGUGCCCACUUGCAGUUAGGAAGGAAACGAGCACCCGGGGUCCUGGUAGAUUCCAUGCCACGGCUUCUACCGAAGCCUCUUAAUUCUUGCUCUACUGGAAACACAGGGCCAAAACGCGCCUCCCUCCUUGUUUAGAAACCUCAGCAACUGCCGGGACUGUGCUGCCCAGGGUCCAGGGGACCAUGCAAGAUGCAUCGUCCUUGUCCUGUUGUUGCAAAGGUGCCGUUUCCACACUGGGAGGAGAGGGAGGCAUUCAGUAAACCAAGUCCCAGACUCACACAAAUAUAGGGGUUUUGAGCACAGUUGAGGUCAUCAUUUGGAUUCAAGAUUCCAUACCCAUUUGUUUUCCCCACAAGUGCAGCCACACCUCAGGGUAUGACAAUACCACACAAACCCCCACCCCCACCCCCAUCAAUGCCAUUCAGUUUGGCCACACCUGUCACCAGCCAGGUGACCAGCCAGGAGUACAGGCAGACCACUGUCCCAAAAUCUGGUUCCCAUGAGUCACUCACUGGGUGCAAGCAACAAGAACGAAGUUGCAUUUUGGCCCUGGCUCCAAAUCACCUCAAGCAUCCUCUCCACUUUGUUUUCAUCUCACUAAAACAUGAGAAGGAAUAUCUCAUUUUACAAUUCUCAGGGUCCGAGGAAAAGAAUUGCCUCACAAAGGAAGAGUCCCUCCAUUCAACAAGAACCACAGUUAUAGUAAAUAUGUCCCCUCAGGGGAAAAUAUUACUUUGGGGAACUUAUUUUGGGGAAGCAAUCUUCUUCCUUAGAACCGUAUUGAUAGGGCUGUGGGCAGAGCUGUACACAUAAAGACUUGCUCCCAACAAGUGAGCUAGAAGGCAGCCUCACUCCCUUACAGCAAUAGGCCUGUGUUCAUGAAGCAGAUCAUGCCAGGGCACGCAAGCAGAGAGUCCCCGCCCAGUGAAGCCCAACUCUCUGACCAGUGACGUUUUCCUCUUUCCCUUUGCUCCUGAGAGAGGCCAUGUAUGCCUCCUUUCUUCUUCCUCACUCUCUCCUUCUCUUUCUUCCUUCCUUAUUUC